AAGCAUUCACACAUUCCGAUGGGUGUUUCCAAGGAAAACUGCCGGAAUGAGCUCCGAACUGCAAUCCGUCAACUUACCGAUCGUUGCCUCUAUUCUGCAUCCAAAUGGGCUGCAGAACAAUUGGUGGGUAUUGAACAAGAUCCGGCAAAAUAUCCGCCUUCCCACACUCGAUUACAGCGUGAUUGUUCCAGCAUUCGCCGCCGAUUUCGCUCUACUGACGAGAUAACCUCCACCCCUCUCGCCGGAACAUCCUACGUGUCCACUCCGGUGCCGGAGGAGGACAAUGAGGCUGUGGAUUCCGAUUUUUACCUUCUUGCGAAGACGUAUUUUAAUUGCAGAGAGUACAGGAGGGCUGCGCACGUUUUAUCUGAUCAGACUGGCAAGAAAGCAUUGUUCUUGAGAUGUUAUGCCCUAUAUUUGGCUGGAGAAAAGCGAAAAGAAGAAGAAACAAUCGAACUCGAGGGACCUUUGGGUAAAAGUGAUGCAGUCAACAGCGAACUGGUGUCCAUAGAAAGAGACUUAUCUGCGGUCCGUAAAAAUGGCACAAUCGACCCUUUUGGGCUCUACUUAUAUGGUCUCGUUCUCAAACAAAAAGGUAACGAAAAUCUCGCUCGAACCGUACUCGUAGAAUCCGUAAACGCCUACCCAUGGAACUGGAGUGCUUGGUCCGAACUGCAGUCCUUAUGCACCACAAUCGAAACUCUAAACAGUCUUAAACUCAAUAAUCAUUGGAUGAAAGACUUCUUUCUUGCCAGCGCUUAUCACGAGUUGCGUAUGCAUAAUGAAUCGUUAGCUAACUACGAGUAUUUGCAAGCAACUUUUGGCUUCAGUAACUACAUUAAAGCACAAAUCGCGAAAGCACAAUACAGUCUACGUGAAUUUGAGCAAGUCGAGGCUAUUUUUGAAGAACUUCUUAGGAUCGACCCUUAUCGUGUUGAUGAUAUGGACAUGUAUUCUAACGUGUUAUAUGCAAAGGAAUGUUUCUCCGGCCUUAGCUACCUCGCCCACCAAGUUUUCAUGACGGAUAAAUACCGACCCGAAUCUUGCUGUAUUAUUGGGAACUACUAUAGUUUAAAGGGUCUUCAUGAAAAGUCAGUUAUGUAUUUUAGGAGGGCGUUAAAGUUAAAUAAAAACUAUUUAUCUGCGUGGACUUUAAUGGGGCACGAGUAUGUUGAGAUGAAAAACACCCCGGCUGCUGUUGAUGCUUACAGACGGGCUGUAGAUAUAAACCCGUGUGACUAUCGAGCUUGGUAUGGAUUAGGACAAGCAUACGAAAUGAUGGGAAUGCCCUAUUAUGCCCUUCAUUAUUUCAAGAAAUCGGUUAAUUUGCAGCCGAGUGAUUCCCGUUUAUGGAUAGCGAUGGCUCAGUGCUACGAAACCGAACAGCUACGUAUGCUGGAGGAGGCGAUUAAGUGUUAUAGAAGGGCUGCUCAUUGUAAUGAUCGAGAAGCCAUUGCUCUUCAUAGGCUAGCAAAGCUGCAUAGCGAAUUGGGGCAAUCAAAAGAAGCUGCGUUUUAUUAUAAGAAAGAUUUGGAACGAAUGGAAGAGGAAGAACGAGAAGGGCCGAAUAUGGUCGAAGCUCUUUUGUUCCUUGCGAAUCAUUGUCGAGCUCAGAAGAAAUUUGAAGAAGCCGAAGUGUAUUGCACUCGUCUUCUUGACUACAAUGGCCCUGAGAAGGAAACAGCAAAGAGUCUACUUCAAGCAAUUAAAUUUGCACAAUCUGGUUUCCCUUCAUCGGACGUUGAGCAUUUUCCUUCAUAAUAUCCUGUAAGUCUUCUUAUAUCGAUGUAGUGAGGUAUGCAUGCCCUUCUUUUCCCUAUUCGUGCAUGAAAUAUGAAGAACAAAUAGUAAAAUAUCAAACCAAAUGCUGGUUUGAAAACUGAAAUGUGGCAAAAUUUUCGAUUCAUUUUGUUCAAGUUGUUCGAUAGUCUCAUGUAAUCAUUCUUUACGAUAUAUCCUAGUUGAUAGCUUCAUCACAUUACACAGAUUGUAUUCCUAUUUUUGAUGUCCUGUUGAUCUGUGACCGUGCAUUCUUCUCUUUUCUCUAUGAAUAAAAGCAAAAUUCCUAAGUUCCUUAGGGCCCGUUUACUAAUUUUUUUUGGGUAAGCACUGAUUGGACAAGGGGCUGUUUACCAACACUUACCGGAUAAGAGUCAACACUUGACACGUAAAAUCGUUGGCAAAAACCAUCACCGACAAGGUUAGUUAGUGUUAACCGGGUAAGAGUCACUACCCUCACUUACCAUGUUGUAAGAUUGUUGAUAAGCACAUGGUAAGAGGUAGUAAGUGUUCAGUAAUCGGCUCCAAAGUAAGCCUCUCUGGUCUUACCCGGUCAACAACAUUUGUUGGUCAGACUGUGUUUGUAAACAACAUUAUCUUUAGUCUUUACCCAUCAAGCACUACUUAUCUGGUAAGAGGCUAUAAGCACUUAGUAAAACUAUUUCAAUGCUUUGAUACAAAGUUCUUCAUUUCCUAUAUUUAUCACACAAAAACAUACACAUGUAUCAAAGUUCAAACACACUUGGCAUAUAUGGACCCUUUGACUUCUUAUUGUGCUAAAUUGACUUUUCAAAUCAUCGUACUUGGCUUUUGCGGGAAGUGCCCAUCAUUUCGUGAAAAUACAAGAAAAAAACAUUACACUUUGCAAGAACUGAGCGCAUUUGGACAAGAAACCGACAUAAAGUAUGAUGUUCAAAUAUGCUCGUUAUUGCAAAUCAUAAUGUUCUUCUUUUAACGUUUUCACAAAACAAUGAUCGGAUUUGCUAAACGUACGAUGUUCGCAAAAGCUAUUCGAGCUACACACUCGUGGUGCUCCAAAACAGAUCCUUGAUUAGUUGCUUCUUGAUCUGCCAUCUGUUUGCCGGAGGCUUGGUGUCGCCACCUCCAGUUGCUUGCUUCUUGUUUCCAAAUAUUUCUUUGAGAAUCCGUUUCUUGAUCUGCCAUCGGGUUGGCGGAAGGUUGUCGAUUGAAGGCCCGGGAGCCUUCCGGCAGUAUUUUCCGGCGCCGGUAGGUUGCUUUCCUAACUCAGACAUAUCCUGCUUUGUUGUAAAAUGAGUUUUUGGUAAAUUGAAUGUCUCUCUCUCUCUCUCUCUC